AUGAGCCGCCUGUCUGGACGCCUGCGGUCAGGUGGAGGUGGGGGGGUGGGGCGUGACGGUGGGGCCUUGGCGGAGGAGCAGGGGUGUGAAGGGGAGCUGGCGACAUGGGGGAGGGAGGUGGCAGCAGGGGUACAGGAGAGGGUCAUAGUGGAACCCAGUGCUGAGGCUGGAGCUCAAGGGACCCUUGACCUUUCACCAUCACCUUCGCCCCCCUCCCUGGCCAACGGGGUUCACAGGAGGCCUGGCCUUGGAACACGCCGACGCUGGCAGACAGAGACACACACCGAUGCUUUAACACACACACCAGGACAGACAGGAGUCAUAGGCAUGCAGAUUUACACGGAUCUCCACAUGCACACACCUGCGGACACUCACAUACACCUAGCCGCUAACACACACAUGGAUGCUCACACACACUCGGACUCUGCCGGUCCAGAGCAGCCCAGAACUGUUUCAUCACCAGAGACUCACACCAGAUCACCUCAGCGACAGGUCCUCUUGCCUGUCACUCAUUCAGCCUGCACCAAUCAGCAAGUUGCUUCCUCUCCCUGCAGCCCGCUUCCUCCACCCUCUGCAAACAAAGACAGGCCCCCAGCCAUUAGCCCUGCCCAUAUUGGACCAACACCUCUAGAUCUCUCUAAACCCUCAAGAGCUAUUGGCCCAAAUCCUACAGGCCCUUCUCUUAUUGGUUCAUCCGGUUCAAACCCUUCUACUAUUGGCCCAGACCCUGUAGAUCCCUCCCCUGUAUCUGUCGAAGGCGAGAGGAAGUAUGCGCUCCGUAGCUCAGGUCGACCUCGCUUCCCCUGCCAGCUACGAAAGUCCUCCCGCAUCCGCCGAUCCACCGAGGAUGGAGAGAGGAGGGGAGGGAGGGAAAGCGAGAGGGAAGAGGAAAUGGCAGAAGAAGAAGAAGAGGAGGAGAAAGAGAGGGUGAGUGUACAUGUAAAGGUAGAGCGCCCCACAGUGGAGGAGGGUUUACCUGCAACCUCGAAGCCUGCUGACUCAGCUGUACCUGUAGCACCACGCCAUUCACCACACCCUUCAACACGCCCUACACCACACCCCACCUCUCACUACGCCCCCCGGCCAGCGCCCAAACCCAGAACUUCAACCAAACCCCAACCUAGACCUUCAACCAACGCCAAACCAAAAGCCCAACCCAGACCAUCGAUUAAAGCCUCGCCCAAAUCCUCGCCCAGACCAGCGAACAAUCCCAGACCAGCGACCAAUCCCAGACCAGCAACCAAUCCCAGACCAGCGACCAAUCCCAGACCAGCAACCAAUCCCAGACCGGCAACCAAUCCCAGACCUGCGACCAAUCCCAGACCAGCAACCAAUCUUUCGCCUUGUCCAUCGAUCAAUACCGUGCCCCAGCCGACAGUGAAGAAGGAGGUGCCUGAUGAUCUAGUUCCUCCCACUAAACAGAAACGGCGGUUCGUUGGUGUGAGGCGUAUCGUGGUGAAGGUGGCUCGUAUCCCGGUCAACCUCAGCCGACGCCAAAAGAGCUACAAGAUUUCCUCCAUGGAGACCAUUGGGGGGUUGGAGGGAGCAGAGGGGGUGACAUCGGUGGUCCGAGAGCCAACUGCGCUCCUUCGCAUGAAGAACAAUGGGAAGAAUGUGAUGGUCAUGUUCCCGCCUGGAGAACUCCCGGUGAUCCUGAAACGCAGACGUGGCCGACCUCCCAAACAGAUUGUACCGGGAAUGCCGGAUAAAACAGGUGGGAAUUUUGCCAUUGCCAGUGGGAACGGCGAGCCCAAGAAACCUCGUCGGCGCCGGCGGGCCAAGCUUCCAUCUCCGCAACCGUCGUACGUGAACGACACCAACGACGUGAAGACGGAGUACGGAGACGUUCUGUCCAAACUGGCGUUCCUAAACCACCAAACGCCUGCCACCGGCCGCUGCUCCCCACCACGCUGCUGGACACCCAGCGAACCGGAUAGCUUUCACACGCCGUCCAACAACCCUGGGAUCUCCGCCCUGCUCCACCGACUCACAGGGUUCAGACGCAGGGGAGGGAGGGGUGGUGGCACGAUCGGGAAGAAAAGGAAAGUGACCCCUGCUCUGUCAGAACCAGGGUUACCCAAGAAACGAGGGAAGGGUGGGGGAGGCAGGGGAGGAGGGGUUGCAGGGGGGGAGAUGGGGGCUGGAGGUGAGGGGUGGAAGCCGAUGAGAAAACGACGCUCCUGCAAGAAUGGGGUUCUGAAAGGGGAGGCAGGAGGUCAGCUGGAGCAAGACUGGUCUAAUGGUGGAGGUGUCUGGGAGGAUGACCGGGGAGGGGAGAGGGAGAGAGGGCCGGGGGCGUACCAGGCCUGUGGCUCCCUGAGGGGGGACUUCCUGCCCUGUGAGGGGGGAAGAGCAGGUGCAUACGGCAGUCCUGGGGGCAGCAGAGAAGGUGGAGGUGGUGAUGAAGUGCAGGGUUUGUUCGCUGGAUAUUUUCGCUCCCUGCUCGACUCAGACGACUCCUCCGACCUCCUGGAUAUCUCCUCUCGGCCUGACCCCAGGAAACCUCCUCCCACCCCGGGCUACGACUCCUCCAGCACUGCCCCCGGCCCAGGUUCUCGCUGGUCCCCAGCCUUCCCCAAGCGCAGCCCCAAAGGAGAGGCAAGGGAGAACCAAACCCAGGUCUCUUCGUCCUCCUCUUCCAGACCUCCAUACAGCUACUACCUUUCCCAGAACUCCCCCACCACUUCCUCCUUCCCCAAGUCCACCCCUCCCUCCCUCUCUCUGCCUCGCUCUCCCAGUUCCCCCCAUCCCUCCUCCUACGGUCACUACCCGUCCGGCUAUUCCUCCUCCUCUCCUGCGGGGGGCAGUGCAGCACCACAGAGACCCACAGACUGCAGCUUUGCAGCCUACGGGGCAGCAGGGCUGGAUAAGGCCUCCACAGUCCCCCCCGUGGGCCAGGGUCAGAUGGGCUAUUCCAAUUUUUCCAAGCGUGGAUAUGGGGGCUACCCUAGGCAGGUUGGACCAUCCUCUCCAGGGGGAGGGGGGUAUAUGGCCAUGGCCAAGAACAACCCCUUCCAUUCCUCAUCAUCUCCAGAGGGUUACAGACACUACCCCUCCAACCAGUGGAACUGCAAGCAGGGCUCCAGUGACUGGGCGUGGGACAGUCUGGCUCAUCAUUAUCCAGGAGGCUACAGUGACUACGUCACCCCAGGCCCCAGCGAGCCCAAAGACAUCCUGGACAUCUCUAACUACACCCCACAAAAGGCCAAGCGACAACCCUUCCUCGAGAGCCUAUCAGAGUCCUCCUCUGACUCGUCCCACCUGGGGGUCACCGGGUCAGGAGGCGGGGUCAGUACCGGAGGUGGGGGCGGAGGCUCGGGUUCAGGUUCCGGAGGUGGGGCUUAUAGGCAGGGUGGAGGCAGGGAGUCUCUGCCUAUUGGUGGAGAGGGAGGUCAAGGCCAGUCCAGCCUAUCAAGUCUGGAGAAGUUAAUGAUGGACUGGCAUGAGAGCGCCUCAGGCCCCUCUUACAACUGGAGCCAGAACGUUCUCUUCCAGGGGCAGGGAAAGCCCGGGCGGGGGCGCAGGAAACGGAAUGCUGCCGAACCCCAAAUGGAAAAGGAGGGGGGUGGUGGACCAGGACCGGAGCCCCCCCCAGACUCUCCCACCAGCCCCCCAGCCCAGACACAGUCCCACACCUCAACCCAGGGCUCUGGUGCCAAACGCAGUGGGAUUGGGGGGCGGCAGGGCAGGGGGGCGAGGGGAGGCAGGGGACGGCUGUGCCCGUCCCCAAGAGAACGCCCCCCAGGGGGGAAGAAGGGUAAGGCUGCUGGGGGUGGGGAUGGAGGAGGAGGGGGUACUGCUCAGGGGGGGUUGUUCCAGGAAGGCCUUGACUACUUCAGUGGAGACAGCAGCAGCCUCUCCCCCCUCCCUACUCCUGCCCUACACCUUGGUUACCCCCCCGAGCCCUGUGAGUACCCCUCCCCAACUCCUUACUCCGCCCACCCCUCCACCCCGUCCUCAGAGGAGCGUUACCCAACCCUCAUCCCUGGCGAGGCCUCAUCCUCCUCUCUCUCCCCUGGAAUGAACUCCACAUCCUCCUCCUAUCCUCCCAAACUAUCCCCCGCCCCCCAGCCCUACCACCCACCUCUCACCCCUGCUCCUCCCCCCUCCUCCUUCUCCCCGUCCUGCUCCCAAUCGCCACGGUUACUGGCCCACUGUGGAACAGCGCUGAGCCCCCCCUAUCGUAACCCGGCAACCAUCUCCAAGGACCAUUUCACCUCCCAGUAUGAUUCUCCCAGCUGCUGUAGCUCCCCUUGUUGGUACAGCGGGGCAUCGCUCAGUGGCAGCACCAGCCCUCACACUAACACACACAACGCUACACACACACACACUAACACACACGACAAUGCACACGUACACGCUAAUGUGAACCCUCAUGCUAGCCCUAACAAUCAUCCUGAUCCUAACGCUUCUGCACACCCACACACCAACACACACCCACACACCAACACACACCCACACACCAACACACCGACACACACCAACACACACCCACACACCAACACACCGACACACACCAACACACACCCAAAUCCCAACCCUCACGCAAACAUGAGCCCACACACACACUCCAACCCCAACACUAACCCUCACACGCACAACAACCCCCAUAGCAACAAACACCCGCACACCAACACACACCACCUCCAUUCAAGCCACAACCAACAUCUUCACCCCCACACUCACACUCAUCCUAACAUGUAUACAAAGCCCACCCUACACACUAGCCCCCACCCCCACCCCAACCCUAACCUCUCCCCCCACCCCCACCCCAACCCUAACCUCUCCCCUCUCCCUCACCCCCACCCCAACCCUAACCUCUCAACACAUCCCCACCCCAACCCUAACCUCUCCCCUCUCCCUCUCCCCAACCCUAACCUCUCCCCUCUCCCUCACCCCCACCCCAACCCUAACCUCUCCCCUCACCCCAACCCUAACCUCUCCCCUCACUCCCACCCCAACCCUAACCUCUCUCCCCAUACUCACUCCCACCCCAACCCCCUGCUUUACGAGGAGCGGCCCUCUCACAGCACGAUGCCCCCCAUGGACCCCCCCACCCCCACAAACGGGACCUGCCCCCCCACCUCACCUCGGGGCUAAGGUCAGCCCCCCUGCAGCUUUCCCCGUACCCCUCCCCCCACCACAAGACCCCCCAGGCCUCCUUGCCCCAUUCUGAGGACAUGGGCUACCCCCCGUGCCCUGGGAUGCACCCUCUCUACCCCCCACAGCCCCCACCUAGAGGAGGAGGAGUGCUCUGUCAGCUUCUAGACACCCCCAGCGAUGACAGCUUCAGUGUCACCAGCCUGUAGACACAGGUGUAUUAAAUCUCAACCCUUUUCAGAUUUCUACACUUUUUUUAAGGAGAGACUUUCAGAACAAUAUAAAGGACGAUCAUUUAUCUGCCAGCUCUGGAGAGUAGAGCUUUAGUUCUCCAGCUAUGACAAUCACACACACACACACACACACACACACACACACACACACACACACACACACACACACACACACACACACACACACACACACACACACACACACACACACACACACACACACACACACAGCUGGAAAGAGGGAGUGACAGAAUCUGAGGCUGAACCGAGAGGCUGAGCCUUUCCCUAACCCUAAACCCUAAACCCUACACCCUGCUCUCUGUGUGUUCUAUCCGAGGGAAGUGAACUACGGCAUCAGCUCUUGAAUUACCAGCAUCUGUACAAAGACUCCAACUCACAGACCCAUAAUCUCACCACAACAAUGAAACAAUGGCAGGACAACGUUACUAACGUUCCAUCAACAACGCUACGACAACGCUACGACAACGCUACGACAACGUUCCAUCAGCUUUCUCUGUCGUUUUGCCAUGGUUUCUGCUCCGAUGGAAGGACUGCAGUAUGGAGACUACAUCCUGUGUUCUGAUGGAAGGACUGCAGUAUGGAGACUACAUCCUGUGUUCUGAUAGAAGGACUGCAGUAUGGAGACUACAUCCUGUGUUCUGAUGGAAGGACUGCAGUAUGGAGACUACAUCCUGUGUUCUGAUGGAAGGACUGCAGUAUGGAGACUACAUCCUGCGUUCUGAUAGAAGGACUGCAGUAUGGAGACAACAUCCUUUGUUCUGAUGGAAGGACUGCAGUAUGGAGACUACAUCCUGUGUUCUGAUGGAAGGACUGCAUCCUGUGUUCUGAUGGAGACUGCAGUAUGGAGACAUCCUGUGUUCUGAUGGAAGGACUGCAGUAUGGAGACUACAUCCUGUGUUCUGAUAGAAGGACUGCAGUAUGGAGACAACAUCCUUUGUUCUGAUGGAGACUACAUCCUGUGUUCUGAUAGAAGGACUGCAGUAUGGAGACUACAUCCUGUGUUCUGAUGGAAGGACUGCAGUAUGGAGACUACAUCCUGUGUUCUGAUAGAAGGACUGCAGUAUGGAGACUACAUCCUGUGUUCUGAUAGAAGGACUGCAGUAUGGAGACAACAUCCUUUGUUCUGAUGGAAGGACUGCAGUAUGGAGACUACAUCCUGUGUCCUGAUGGAAGGACUGCAGUAUGGAGACUACAUCCUGUGUCCUGAUGGAAGGACUGCAGUAUGGAGACUACAUCCUGUGUUCUGAUGGAAGGACUGCAGUAUGGAGACUACAUCCUGUGUUCUGAUAGAAGGACUGCAGUAUGGAGACUACAUCCUGUGUUCUGAUAGAAGGACUGCAGUAUGGAGACUACAUCCUGUGUUCUGAUGGAAGGACUGCAGUAUGGAGACAACAUCCUGUGUUCCACUGUUUUUACUACGAAGGAAAGAGACCCGAGACACUCUGACCCCAAAAAGACUGGCACGUGUGUGUGUGUGUGUGUGUGUGUGUGUGUGUGUGUGUGUGUGUGUGUGUGUGUGUGUGUGUGUGUGUGUGUGUGUGUGUGUGUGUGUGUGUGUGUGUGUGUGUGUGUGUGUGUGUGUGACCACGCGGAUGGACUUCUUUGUGUGUGUGUGUUUGUUUGGGGUCUAAAGGGGUGGAGCUCUGAAUCUGAUAGGGUGGUAUGAUUGAACAGAGCUUCUCUCCUUUCAUUUACUCUCUCCCUUCUUUUUUUCUGUGGUCUCGUGUUGUUUGGUGGUUUUUGUGAUGAACAGUUGUGUAUCUGUCUGUUAAAAUCAUGAUGUAUCUAUGGUGCCAAUAUUGAAAUACACUCUGAUCUGGCCAUUGGUAAACCUGCCUGGACUCCUAAUGCUUUAUAGGGCAGGGGGAGGUGUGUGUGUGUGUGUGUGUGUGUGUGUGUGUGUGUGUGUGUGUGUGUGUGUGUGUGUGUGUGUGUGUGUGUGUGUGUGUGUGUGUGUGUGUGUGUGUGUGUGUGUGUGUGUGUGUGUGUGUGUGUGUGUGUGUGUGUGUGUGA